AUUAGAUGAAGCUCUGGAAAUGUGUCAGAUAGUUUUCCACAAUUUCUUCAAGAAUAAGGAAAAUAAAUAAACACUUUUACUUUCUCAUUUGCUCUUGGUUUGGGUUUGCUUUGUGUUUUUAUGCAGACAGAUACUGUCAAAUCUUCUGACUAUGUAAGAAGAGGUGAAAGCUGUUUCCAGUUUAGCCAGCCGUGAAGAACGUGUUAAUGUUAAAUUUUAUGAUGAUGAAGCUUUUAUUGGGUACAUUAUUAUUAAUCAUCACCAACAAGUACACUAUAUCUCAUUUAGUUUUAACAUAGCGUAUUUCUCUCCCGUUCUGCACACCAUAAAAAUGUGAAGGUAAAUGUUUGAAGUGACUACGUUAUCCUGAAAGAAUGAAAUAAGUAAGUAAAGAAAAAAAAAACACUUGGUUGGAUAGUGAAAAAACAUCCACCCGAGUUGCAAGGUUGUCUUUAUAAAGAGUCUUAUUAUUACUGCAUAAAAAAAUGGAGGAUGAAGAUUGAGAAUAAACACAGUAAAACGUGAUAAACCUUUGCUGUAUUUGUCCUCCUCCUCGUGUUACAUCAUACCUAUUAAAAAAAAAAACUCUUAAACUGGACGAACCUCAGUUUUAGGAAUGUGCAUGUUCCUGAACUCAACCCAGUAAAUCAGUCACUCCUCACUUAGCUGAACUCUUAUCCAAAGUUGAGGAUCUCCUGGAUUUGACCAAAAUAGGAGAGAAAUACCUGUCAUAGUGGAGAGGAUUGUACUGUUUGUGAUUUUGUUAUCUACUUUUGACCUUUAUCAAUUUAGCCUUCAUGGCUUAACUUUUAAAGUUGCCUGCCCAAACAUGUAAAAUAUCUUUGAGGACCACAAAAAGACGAAAAGGUCUUUACAUCAAAGCUUGUUUAGACAUAUACUGUAUGUGCUAAAGCAUACUCGAGUCACGUGUUUUUGUACUAAAAAUGCUUCUAUUAAAUCGGUCUUCUUCUUAGUUAACAGUCUUUCACUUGUAAUUGUCCAGUUAUGCGCCCUCCCACUGUGAGGAAAAACAAAUACAAGACACCAGAGAGGCGUUUCUUCCCAUAUUCCGUAAAUCUCUACUCUAUCAUGCAUUAAAUGAUGCAAAAAUAUUUGUUGUGUGUUUUCUGUGGAGUCACGGCUCUUGUAAUGAUGCGUCAUGCGCGCUUCAUAGGCUCGUGUUUAGGUAUGUCUGGUCAGUACAUGGCAGAGCCGUGUGUGAUGCAGAGGAGGCAGGAGAUGACUGCUACCCCCCCUCACUACUCCACUGAGCCUCAGGAGAGUGGAGGGAGAAGGACUGCAUGGGGACUGCACGGCUGCUCAGUGAGAUUUUUUUUGUCUCUGCGCUAAUUUGGAAACGAAAUUGCAAACACGCAGUUAAACCAUGCAGACUUAACCCAUCCAGACACUGUGUUUAUGUUUAGUAAAGCUCUUCCGUGAGUUGCAGUUACAAGUGAUCUGAAGCCUGCUAUGGAGGACUUCUUGAGUCAAAAUGAGUCUGAGCACUGACAAUGUUACAAACUUGUGGAAAAAUGGUUCCUCGGAACUCGACGGGACUCUGGCCUCCCAGGUCAACUUUACCAACAGCUCCGAGGGGAACCACACGAAGCACAGCGAGGUGGAUCUCACCCGAGCUAUCCCGCUUGGCUUGGUGCUGGGGGCUUUCAUCGUGUUCGCCAUCGCGGGCAACAUCCUCGUUAUCCUCUCGGUGGUGUGCAACAGGCACCUGCGCACCCCGACUAACUACUUCAUUAUCAACCUGGCCAUCGCAGACCUGCUGCUGAGCACCACGGUGCUGCCGGUGUCCGCCACUCUUGAGAUCCUAGACUACUGGGUGUUCGGCAGGAUCUUCUGUGACAUCUGGGCGGCGGUGGAUGUGCUGUGCUGCACCGCGUCCAUCAUGAGCCUGUGCGUAAUAUCCAUCGACCGUUACAUCGGAGUGAGCCACCCGCUGCAGUACCCGGGCAUCGUGACGGAGAAGCGGGCUCUGCUGGCCAUGCUCGGGGUGUGGGCGCUGUCGGUGGUCAUCUCCAUUGGACCUCUGUUCGGGUGGAAGCAGCCACCGUCGCCGGACGACACGCAGUGCCCCAUCACCGAGGAGCCGUUUUACGCGCUUUUCUCUUCCCUCGGCUCCUUCUACAUCCCACUCGUCGUUAUUCUGGCCAUGUACUGCCGUGUGUACAUAGUCGCCAAACGGACCACUAAGAACCUGGAAGCCGGUGUGAUGCGUGAGAGGAUGAACUCCAGUGAGCUGACCCUCAGGAUCCACAAGGGCUCACAAGUGCAGGAGGAGCACGGCAGUUCAAACACCGGCAAGGGCCGUGCGCACCAAGCGAGAAGUUCCCUCACGGUGAAACUUCUGAAAUUUUCCCGAGAGAAGAAAGCGGCAAAAACUUUGGGAGUUGUGGUCGGCAUGUUUACGCUCUGCUGGCUGCCUUUCUUUCUCGCCUUACCCAUAGGGUCUUUUAAUGUGAACUUGCGCCCACCUGAUCUCCUCUUCAAAGUGAUCUUCUGGCUGGGCUACUUCAACAGCUGCCUGAACCCCAUCAUCUACCCCUGCUACAACCGUGAGUUUAAGCUGGCCUUCAUUCGUAUUCUAAAAUGCCAGUGUCACCAGCGUAAACGUCCUGGCUGGAGGGCAUACAAUUACCGUUCCUCCAACUUCAGCUCCUCUGGACAUUCACGCAAAGGUUCGGCAGAUCACAACUCUAGCUGCUUGAAUGGCAGCCAGCGUACCCUGCCUUCCUCAGCAAGUCCGAGCCCUAGCUACCUGAACAAGGGUCUCCCACCUUGCCCUGAAGGGGAAACAUUAUACGUAUGGGGGGCUAACACCCCAACUCCCUCCACACCCAACCUGCUGCCUGGCAGCCCCACAGACUGCCAGCAGGGAGCUCUGAGAGGGGAGAUAAGUCCAGGGAAACCAGCUGAGGAGAGGGCAGGUAGUGUUUUCUCUUUCUCCUUUGGGAAGAAUCGAAACAAGGGAGGGAUCAACAAAGAUAGCAUCGUGCCUGAUGACAAGGUGUGACUGCUGAGUCUUACUGAGACAUGACUUGCUCAGUCCUUAGAGGGAUUAAACUCACAAACAGAGUGUGGAUGUAGAGUUUCACACAUUUGCUGCAUUCGCUGUACAUGGUCCCAUGAUCAUUCAUCCGUCAGUGGAUUAUCAUUGUCAUUAGUGGUCUAUGUAAGGUGAAUAUGACUAAGUAUUGACUAUGCUGCUGUAUCAGAGGUAUUUUGGUAUAUGUUACUGUAACUGUGGUUAACAGAGACAGUCAAUGGACAGUAAGGUGUUCAAGACAAAAUCACUGUUCGCAGCCCUCUUUGGGACUGGAACACCGGUGCAUGCAUUUUGAUUGAACUAAAAUUUUAUUUAAAGAUUUUCAGUAAAGAAGCAUACUUUACACAACCUUUCCUUCACGUCCCCCUCAGUUAUAAAUUAAUGUCUGCCCUGUAAAAAGACUGAACAUGACAAAGAACUUGACUCAUGUCAAACGUGUGAUAAGACAAAUGAUCACCUUUCUGUUGCAGUCACUUGAUAUGGUAUGUUGUGGAAAUAAAGUAUAACCUGGUUAAUCUGCUGUGCGCACAAUCAUCAGAUAUCAUCUUGUUUGUACGUUUGAUGUUCUGAAAUGUUCUCAAUAUGGAUAUUCAAAAUGUGAUCAAUACAUGAAUAAACAUAAAACAUUGCUCAAACGCU